ACCAAUCAGAAGAGAGGAUACUCGGACGCCCUGCCAAAACAACACAGCCGGACAGAUCGCUGCAGAUACAGCGCCGCAUAUUCCGCUUUGUACGACAGGUGGGUUUUAUUUAUCCACUUUAAAAAAGACUUUUAAUAGUGCUACGUCGAAGCAGGUGUUUCUUAAGCCUCGCUGAGACGAUGUGAAGCUACCGGACAGCUCAGCAACGACAGCUACCCCGCGUUAGCUCCCGUUAGCUUCAGAUGCUAACCCUAGCCUAGCCGCUACAUCCACAACAUCCUCCAAACUGGACAAAACUUUGGAUCUAGUCGGGUUUACCUCGGGCACGGCGGCAGGUUCGCUGACCCCUCAGAAGAAGAUGAAGAAGAGGAAGGAGCUCAAUGCCCUCAUCGGACUCGGGGACAGCAAGAGGAAGAAGACCAAGAAGGGGACAGGACACCGGCUCCUCCGCACAGAGCCGCCGGGGUCCGAGUCCGACUCCAGCUCCGACGACGACGAGUUCAACAGCAUGGGCGGCGGAGCCGGAGUCGGGAAAAGAAGCUACGCGCAGUGCUGCAAUGUGUGCUACCCCUUGUUUCUGUUCAUCGUACUGGCUGCCUGCGUUAUGGCCUGUGCUGGACUCAUAUGGAUGCAGAUCGCUCUGAAAGAAGAUCUAGACUCUAUGAAAGAAAAGCUGCAUAGCAUGGAAACCAGCCAGAAGGCGUCUUCAAGUGAGAUACCAAAACUAAGUGAGGACCUGAAAAACAAGGACAGAAAGCUUGACGACAUUGAAAACGGGGACAAGGGGUUGAGCAAGCUCUGGUCUAACCUUACGGAAAUGAACAGAAAGAUCAGCUUGCUGGACUCUGCAGUCAACCAUUUAAAGGCCAACCUGAAAUCAGCUGCCGACUUAGUCAGCCUUCCCGCUACAGUUGAAGAGCUUCAAAAGAGUGUUGCUACAAUUGGCAGCACACUAACAAGUGUGCAGCACGAUGUGAACACUAUGCAGGCUGCUCUUGAAAAUCAGAAGAAAGAUGAAGAGUUGAAGAAGACAAUGGACAUCACAGACCUGAGAAAAACAGUGAGUGAGGCAAACAAGACAGAGGAGCUGCAUCAGACACAGACCGAUGAGCACAUCCACAUCCUCCUCUCUACGGUUGCAGAACUUCAGCAGAGAGUGUCGUCAUUAGAGAACGGAUCAAAGCAAAGCUCAAAGAACAAUGACGCAGCAGAAAUCACCGGUGAAAGCUCAGCAACCGAUGCGGCGAAAGAGGCUACGACGACCAAAGCAACACCCGGGGAUGUGCAAGAGGUAUCCACACCACUGACAGAGCCUCAGACAAGCAGACGUCCACGCUUCGCAACCCCAAACCGCUCUAAGAGAAAUGCUGAGACAACAUGCCCAAAGAGGUUGUUCCUGCCUGGAGUCAGUUCUCUGAAAGACUUGGAGGACGUCUUCCAGCAGGAAGGCAUCGGACGCAACUCCUCCGGAUUUAACUACCGCCGCCUGAGGAAAUUAUUUAAAACAUCGAAUCUCAAUGGUCGCACCAUGGAGUGUUUUGACAAUGACGGAGACCAGAUGUACUCCCUGAUGGAGCUGAGAGCUGCUCUAGGUUUGUGA